AUGCCUCCGUCAAGUUCAACUGUCCCAGGGUUUGGCGGUGCCUCCACUAUGAACAGCGGCUCAAACAACCCGCAGCAGCCUCUAGUCGCUCCUCUCCCCAGGUGGGCUGCGGAGCUCAUCCAGCGCAUGGAUGUCACCAAUCACUUGCUCCAACAAACAAAUAUCCAGCUCUACAAUAUUCAUCGGCGGCUGGCAGGCUUUGAGGCAAAGCACGAGCGGAUCACCACUGCGCUGGAGCUACUUGUGCCCACCAUGCCGCUCGAGUACUUUGAUGCUCUUCUCCAGGACGAUUCCGCCAAGGAUCCGGCGCAAAGGACUGUUUAG